UCGUCACCAGCUUCUACUCGGACCUUCAUUUUUGAGAGUAAUCGCUAAACUCGUGUUUUAUAGGCGUAUGGGAGCUUUAGAGUAAACGCACUAAUGUGAGAUCCAACAUUUGGAGACAUGUCUGCCGCUCAAGGACUCCUCAAUAGCGUCUUCUCCUGCUCCUCUCCUGCCUCCAAAGCCAUAACCAAACGGAGGCUACGCCAAACCCGGAGUCUGGACCCCGCUAUCAUAAGACACUGUGGCAGCGGGACGGAGGGAGUCAGCAGCGGCACGCCGUUUUCGGGAGCUGCGGACGCAGGUGCGUCUCCGGAGCGCUUGGCUGUGAAACCGACUUUACGCACCAAGAUCCCGACGCUAAAGGAGCCCAUAAGCCCGUCUCUCUCCUCUCCCUCCAUACCGCUGGAUGUUUCUCCAUCCUCCAACUUUCACUUUGACUAUGACAUAGAGAAGCGUGCCAAAAGGAAUACCGCCGGGGAUUUACCGUUUCUGGUGAGGGGAGCCGGUGCAGCGCCGUCCGGGAGCACCGGCACGCUCUUCUCCCCACGGAGGUGGCUGCAGAAGAAAGUGCAGCCGUCCAGCACUCGGGCUUACGUUGUGUGGAAAUCAGAGGGUGAUUUCACCUGGAGCAGCCUGUCAGGACGGAGUGUGCGUCUGACGCCGGUUGACAUCCAGAGCCUGUCGGAGCUGGAGAGGGCCAGGCUGCAGGAAGUAGCCUACACCCGUUUACACCAGGACUAUGAUCUGGGAUGUCAGAUAACUAUGCCAAAAGAUGGGCAAAAGAGGAAAAAGUCCCUGAGGAGGAAGUUGGAUUCGCUAGCAAAAGAGAAGAGUAAAGACAAAGAAUGCAUACCCCAGGCAUUCAGUAUAGCACUCUGCCAAGUCAUUGCUAAUGACAGAACGCAUAGGCAGCGCCAAGACAGCUAUCGUCAGGACCCUCCGCAGCGCGAGGAACAUAAGGACUCCUCCGACCUCGUCUCGUCCAUUUUACAGUUUGCCACCAAGCGACCGUCCAAUAAGGAGUUAUCCAGCAGUAACUCCUCUUUAAGUUCUACAUCUGAGACAGCCAAUGAGUCAACGUCACCCAAUACACCUGAGGCUGCACCCCGAGCACGCAGGAGGGGAGGCAUGUCAGUGGACUCCAUCACAGACCUUGAUGACAACCAGUCCCGCCUGCUUGAGGCCCUGCAGCUCUCUCUGCCAGCUGAGACCCCUAGUAAAAAGGAGAAGCACCGGGACAAGAGGCUGAGCCUCAAUCCCAUCUACCGUCAGGUGCCCCGGGUGGUCGACAGCUGCUGUCAGCACAUCGAGAAAUAUGGUUUGCAGACCGUGGGUAUCUUUAGAGUGGGAAGCUCCAAGAAGAGAGUCAGACAGCUACGAGAGGAGUUUGAUCGUGGCAUUGACGUCCAGCUGGAUGAGGAGCACAGUGUUCACGAUGUUGCUGCGCUGCUGAAGGAGUUCCUCAGGGACAUGCCUGAUCCUCUUCUAACCAAGGAGCUCUACACAGCCUUCAUCAACACCACAUUGCUGGAUCCAGAUGAGCAGCAGACUGUUACUCAGCUUAUGGUCUACCUGCUCCCAGCAUGCAACAGUGAUACUCUACACCGCCUACUGGAGUUCCUCUCUACUGUGACUAACCACGCCCAUGACCGACAGGACAAAGAUGGACAGGAGAUCACAGGUAACAAGAUGACGUCUCUGAACCUGGCCACCAUCUUUGGCCCCAACUUGCUCCACAAGCAGAAGAGCUCGGACAAGGAGUUCAGCGUGCAGAGCUCGGCCCGGGCUGAGGAGAGCACCGCUGUCAUUGCCGUGCUGCAGAGGAUGAUCGCCAGCUACCAAACCCUCUUCAUGGUUCCUCCUGAUCUGCAAAAUGAGGUUUUGAUGAAUUUGCUAGAGACAGAUCCAGAUGUGGUGGACUACCUUCUGAGAAGAAAAGCAUCCCAGAGUCCUGACCUGUUGCAACCAGAGGAGCCCUUCACCUUGAGUGAACGCCAUUCCUCCAGUGACUCUAACAAGGUGUCCAGUGGUGAGGUGUCACCUUACGACAACAACUCCCCGAUCCUGAGUGAGCGGAGAGGGGAACCGGGAAGCCCGGGCAGCGAGCCGCUCUUUCGUGUCCCAGAACAGUACACUUUGGUGGGUCAGGUGGCCGGCUGGAGCAGAGAGCCUGGGAAUGACACCUGGGGUACCAAAGACGCCAUAUCAGAGGAGCAUGCUAACAUUUGGGGGACGUGGCACUCUACGCUGAAACCAGCACUCAAGGACCAAACAUACACAGGUUCCCAUGGCAACAUGUCAGAGGGAAGCUCCCGCAGCUCACAGGAAGGUCUCGACGGACUCCACAGCGAUGGCAGGCAGCAGGCAACGCUGCAUCGGACUCAGACAGCGCCUGGCAUCGCUGAGUGUAGACCCCACCCUCCGAUCACCAGAGUGUGUACAAGCCCUCAUGUGGAGACAGGACAGUCACGCCUGCAGCUCAACGCCAACCCUACGUCACACCUCAACAGCAUGCAUCGAGCAAGCGGGCAUGGACUUAACCCGACUUCCAGACCUCAAGGCGGGGCAAACACUGGUGAUAGUGGCCCUGCUGUGCUUAAUGACAGCCGCUUUCCUCCCCCUUAUAAUGCCCACCAUCGACUGGCUAGUUUGCAAAGUUCACAUCAGCUCGCAGAGGCUCAGCGGCCCCCUCUACAGCAAGCAAGACUGAAUGCAGCGCAGAGUAACUCUGCUUCAACAGCCGAGAACCAAAUGGGGCCGCAUAGCCCAGAGUGGCAGGACUGGCAAAGGGACAGGUGGCAGAUCUGGCAGCUGCUGUCCUCGGACAAUGCCGACGCACUGCCUGAAACGCUGGUGUGAUGUCAGACCAUGAACUCCAGCUUAAUCUCUGCAGAGAUUUUGCUCAAACGAUCAAUGACAAUCACUGCCUAUCCCUAUCUUCAUUUUGUGUUUUCUCUCAGUCAGCCUUCUAUCCAUUUCUCUCUGAAUUUAAACCCAUUCAUUAACCUUCUGUGCUUCUCCUGCAUCUUAGCGCCGUGGCGUUGUUUACGUGUGCAGCUGCUGCCUUAUACAGACUUUUACAUCCAGGAGCCACUAGUAUUUCUUGUACAGAAUGGAUGUUCAAAAGUUGCUUCUGUUCCUUGCCCAUAAUACUUUGUCCAUGAGUUGGGAGCAUUAAAAAAAGUCCACCAGAAAUACCUCAAAAAACUAUCCAUUCACAACUCCGAAUGUCACCAUGACCACAUUUUCAGUCAGUUCAUUCUUCAUAUCUCAAAGGAAAUCAAUCGGAAAACACUGGUUUCCUUUCGUUAGUUAUUUUUUCAUUUUAUCAUCGUAAAAUGUUUUGAAACUUUUUCACCAUACAGACACUAAGAUGUACCCAUUAGUAAGUGCUGCUAAAUGUAGAUUUUUUGAGUGCAUAGUGGUAAUGUUGUUCAACCACGCAAAUGUUAAAUUACUUUUUCAACAUUACAUUGUUUGAUGUAUAUAUACAAACAUAAAAACAAUAUAUAUGUAAAAAUUGACAUGUAAAGUAUAUAAUUUGCCAAUCUACUAAAAGUAAGUAAGCCCUUUAACUGGCAGUCCAAAUGUUGGUGUUUGUCAGACUGCUGUUUCUGUCUUUAAUAUUGAAUGUAGAAUACUUCACUUAUGGCAAAAAUGCUUAGACCUAAUUAUAAGGCUGUAACUUUGCUUAAAUGUGCUCUUGCCACCUGCUGUAUGGCAGGAACAAUGUGCCAAAGUCUCUUUUUUUUACUUCAGGAUAUUUAAAGUACAGUUGUGUGAUUUUAUCCCAUUGUUCAUUUAAAAAAAAAAAAAAAAAAGACUUGACAGCUCGUGACCUAAGUAGGUGUUUGUGAGGAAUUUCAGCAUAGAAGUAGAAGAGUAAAGACGCACAUUUUUAGACACUAGCAUGAUGUCAUCAUCAGGAUGGUGUAAGGGUCAUAUGUCCAAUUAUGCAUCAUAGAUCAUGAUGCUAAAAGGAUAUAAAAAGAAGAAGUCUUAGGAGCCCAUAAAAUAAAUAUCCAAGGGUCUGACUUUGGUUAUUGUAAAAUGGUAAAUGUCAUUUUUUCAUGGUGCAUUGCAGUGAUGUAUUUUUUUCUGAUCUUACCAGACUGUUAUAGCUGUUCUAUCGUAUCCACAUUACUCAUAAUUACCAGAAAUCUAAUUGUGUAGAUAUUUUAUGAAGGCACCGAACGUCAGGGCUGGGUAUUGCUACAUGAUACAUUUAAGGUAUUGACCAUAAUAACCCAAAGCUAAGUACUAUCAAAUCAUUAUCAGUCCAAAGAUACCUGCAUUGAUCCUUCCUGCACCGGCAACCUCUGAAUCUUUUGGCAAACAGUCACUCAACAUCUACCUGGCUGUUACAAGCUAACACAGCAGAAAAGCCCCUAAAAAUGUUGUAACUUUGGCUAUACCAGACACCGCUCCACCAGCAUUAUGGGUAUCGAAUGAGAUACUAUAUUGGUAUCAUUUUAUGGGUACUGGUAUUGGUGCUGGAAUUGAAAUCUUACUAAAAACACCCAGCCCUGAACAAUAGUCAACCCUACAAAAUUGUUGCAAUAUUGAAAGAGGUAUCUGAUUGAAGAUAUUAUUGAUUUUCUCCAUAUUUCUGCAAUAUAACAGAAAUCAUGUACAAAUUGUAAUUUGAUUCAUAAAAUGUUUUCUCACUUUGGAAAUAUUCUAUAUGGCAGAUUAUGUCAAUUUGGUCUGUAAAGAUGGUUAAACAUUGAGAACUAUUUGGAUGUAUGCUUUGACCUAAAGCUGGUUUCAUAAGAACAAGAUUUGAAUGAACUACAGCCUGGAAAUUAAUUUACCAUGUUUAAAGUUCACUGUAAAUACUGGUAUGAAUUGCUAAAAGUAUGCGUUUUGCCAAGCAAAAAAAAAAAAAAAGCAACUAUGAUUAUGAUGUUGUGUGCUGAUAUCAACUGUAAUUCAUGCAUAAGACUGAUCCAUUUUAUUACACCUCUAAUGCUAGACUGAAUACUGAGCGUAUACUCACUACCUGUCUAAGAGGCUUGAGGCAUUUUUUCUAGGAACCAUUGAAAUUCACAAAGAUUUAAUGAGACUACAGUGGUCCAAAUAAGGUGCUAGGAAAAAAAAAAGUUUGCUGAUAUAUUUCCUAAUAUCAAUUCCAGUAUUGUUUCUAAUUCUGAUGGGGAAAUACAACCACAACCAACAUGUCCAAGUCCUCUCAAAUAUCAGAGUCAAGUGGGUAUUUGCUGGCAAAUAUUUCACAUUUUCUCAAAUUAUGGUGUGAUAAUUGAAGCCACGUCAGCAUUAAAUCUAAAGACUCACAAUGAAUACUUUUUCUUUGGUUUCCAUAGAAGUGGGCUUUGCAAAGUCACUGGAAGAGAGCUUCACAAGUGCAAGAAGUGGAGGGAUUGUGGUAGGCUUAUGGCGCCAUCUAAUGUCAGACCAUGUGCACAUGCAUGUUGCUGCUUCCCACAGUUCACCGUUUCCAUGGGCUGCAUCUGUGCUCAGUUAGGAAAAAAUUAGCUUGUGAUUCUAAGCACCUUUUUUGUGAAAAUGUGUUAACCUGUGUGAGGGAAUAAAUGUGCCAUAGGUCUUGCUCUUUAAAGUUGUUUCUCCAUGCAUUGCUCAAGAUUCAUUUUUUGUGAAAAUUUUGUAUUACUUUGUUUUCUGUUGAGUGUUGUAAUAUAUUAAAACAAUAUAACAUUUUUUAUUCAAGAAGAGAAAAAAGAAAAAAGAUGGAUAGAAUAAUCCGGUCCUAGUUUUGUCUCCCCAAACCAAGGCCACGUUUGUCUUGUUGACUUCACUAUGGAACCAAGAGAAACAUAGUGUUAUGGUGUUUAUUGUCGGUAUUUUUGGUGGGGUAUACUGGGUCCAAGUUGUAAUGGAAUGUCUGGUAAUUGCUUUUGUACUGUGUGUUAUCAAUAUGCUACCAUGGAAUUAAAUAUGAUAAAGUUUACACCUGCCGUAGAAGUCAAUGCUUUGGGAAAAUUAUUGACCCUCUAUGAAAAGAGAGAGGGGAAAAAGAAAAUGCUGUGUCACAGUCAAAGGCUCUAUAAAAAAAUUUAACCGCAAAGGGCCUAAAACCUGCAUUAUUUCUGAGGACAAACGGGGUGGCUCUACUGGUUGCAAAAUAAGACUGAUUGUACAGAAUAAAA